AUGUCCUUCUCAAAAUCAUCCGUUCUCAACCUUUUCGCAACUGCAAUUGCAACUAUUUCCAUCGGCUUCGGAAUCAACGCCAUUGUACGCCCCGAUCAUGGCCUCACCUUUUUCGAGUGGGAGCCGCCCGCCGAUGCAGCACUUCACCGCAUGGUCGACAGCCUGAUGGCGAUCUACGGCAUUCGGGACAUCUUCAUGGGCCUGGUCAUCUACGCAACUGCCUAUUAUGGGUCCCGUCAGGCUUUGGGCUGGACCUUGAUUCUCAACAGCGCCGUGGCCUUCGCCGACGGUGCGGUGUGCUGGACUCAUGGCCAAGGCCAGUGGGCCCACUGGGGGUAUGCACCACUGAUCGCGGUGACUGGGAGCUUGAUCCUCGGCGCGGACCGCACCUGA